AUGAGUGGCGGGUCCUUCUCAAUUUAUGAAUUAAAUCCAGAGAUUAAAAAACUACUAUCUGCAAAUAAUUUUUUAAAUGGUUUGCCAGUGAAUGAUUUUAUCGAAGAAAUAAGUAAAGAUCAUAUAUUAAAAGGAGCAGAAGUAAAUAAACAUGCAUAUCUUGAUCCAAAACCUUAUAUAAGAUCUUUUGAAAGUACUAUUCGAGAAUUGAAUCAAUUGAAUUUAGAAGCCAAUGAUCAAAGAAUUCGAGGUGAAAAACAAGUAGAUUCAUUUGAAUUGAAUCAUUCUAAUAAUGUUUUAAAAUUGAGUCAACUGAUGAAAGAUAUAACCAAUGAAUUUAGUAAAUUGGAUGAUAAAAUUUCAUUAGUUUCAAGUAAAGUUAAUCCAUUGGGAACUAAACUCAACAAAAUAUCAACAUCAAGAGAUAAAUCUAAAGAAACUAUAUUUUUAAUUAGAGCAUAUCAUGGAUUUUAUACGAAAGGUCAAUAUCCUCAAUUGGAGACUUUAAGAUCAAGUAAUAAUACCGAAGAUAAUGUAGAAUGUGCAAAAUACAUAAGACAAUUAAUACAUCUAGCUAAACGAAUCAGUGAUGAAUCAUUAUCAAAAACAAUCAAAUGUUUACAAGAUAUAGAAUCCUUCGGUGAUAAAAUGGAAGAGGAACUAUUGAAAAAAUUUGACAUAGCGACUGGUGGGGAUGAUGAGUCGGAUUUUGAUAUUAAAGUCAUGAACAAAAUAGCGACGAUAUUAAAUGAAUACAAUAAAAAUGUAAAUUUAAUGGAAGCAUUCGUUAGUAAAAAUGAACUAUCAAAAGAUAAUGAAGAUAUGGAUUUAACGAUAACUGAAGAUCAAUGGAAAGAAUGGGCUGAUCCAAAUUCAAAUAUUGAAUUGGAAGAUAAAUUUAAAUUAUUCUUACAAAAUUUAAAAUUUGAUAUAAAAUCUAAAGCAAGACUAAGUAAAAAAAUAUUUGAUAAUCCAAUUGUACUAGUAAAUCUUAUUCAAAGAAUUUACGGAAGAGUGAUAAAACCGAAAAUUUCGGAAUUAUUACAAUAUUCAUUACAAUUUAACUUAUUAGCUCAUGUUAGAAUACUUCAUGAAUUGUAUGAUCUACUUGGGGAAUUUACAAAUCAGAUUAAAGAUUAUAUGAUUACAGAAGAAUACGAUUCCGACCAACAAAUACUGCAAACAUUGGAAAGUUCAUAUAAUAAACUAUUUGCCGAGUAUCUUGGUGAUACAUACUUAAGUAGAGAAAAGAAAAAUUUGGAAGAAGUGGUUCAUAACAUUUUGAAUAAAUUUGAUUCUGAAUCAUUCAAUGAUCAAACUCAUGGAAAUUUAGGUUUAGAAAGGUCGGAUACUGUUGAAUAUACAAAGAAGGAAUAUGAUCAUACUACAUUUGCAGCAGAAAGGAAAAGAUUAGCACAAUUUACUCAAUAUGUGAAGAACAAAAUAAAUGAAAGAACAGGUAAUGAAAGAAAUAUUUCAAAGUUGGAACUUGAAGAAGAUGACUUAGCAGCUAUAGACACAGUUGAGAAAAUCAUAAAAGCAGCUGCUGAAUCUUUGAGUAGAGCCUUGGAAUUAAAUCCAGAAAGAGCAUCAGAUCAUUCAUUAGAAGUUUUGAAUGUAUUAGUGAUUAAUUUUGCAAAAUUGAUUGUUCGUGAAGAAUUACAAUUACAAAAUCUUAACAUCUUUUGGAGUUUAAAUUCAAUUCAUUUCAAAAAAGAAAUAUUAUUUUGUUUAUCAACAAGUGCUAAAAAGAUUAUACUUCCAAGUUUAUCUAAUGAUCAAGUAUCUAAGAAUAAAGCCAAGUCAAUGAUCAAUGGAUUUGUUAAAAUUCAAGAAAACAGCAUCAAUCAAUUAGUUGAUAAAUUGGUUGAUUAUUCAUUAAAUCAAUUACAAAAUUUACUUAACAAACAAAAGAAAAAAGAUUUUUUAUGUGAUACCAUUGGAGAAGAUACUGAAGCAUGUGAAUUAAUUAGUGAAUUUUUGAAUGAGAUGUAUACCAACGUGAGUGUUGUACUCAGUAAUCAAAAUUUAAUAAAUACAUUAACUACAAUAGGAAAUAAAUUCUUACAAUUACUACUAGAACAUUUCAAAAAAUUUCAAGUAAACUCAAUUGGAGGAAUUGUAUUAACAAAAGAUGCUAUAAGAUAUCAAAGUGUUAUUGAUGAAUGGAACAUACCAGAUUUAUCAGAAAGAUAUCAAAUAUUAAAAGAAAUUGGAAAUUUAUUUACUGUUCAAGAAGAAUUAAUAAAUUCUUUAGUCACUGAAGGUCAAUUAUCAAGAAUGAAACCUUAUAAUAUAAGGCAAUAUAUAAGUAAAAGAAAACAGUAG